UAUGACCGGCCCUUGUUCUCGUCCUCGUGCUCCCCCCGUUCGCUUCGCUCCAGCUGCUGUUCCUCCUCGUCCUCCCUCCUCCUGCAGCAUUGAUUGCCAAAUCAGAACACUCAACAGGGUUCUUGUGUUCCUGCAAACUGGACUUCCGAUUUCCUCUUUUUUGCCCAGCACAAUUUAGCGGGAUGGUGGCCGCUUGGAAGGCGGCACGGACCACUUUUCUGGUGAUGGUAUUCACGCCCUCGAUCGAGGCCCUCCUCCAACGCAACGACGCGGGGGCCGCUGCCGUCGCCCAGGGGACCGUCGACGAUAUCGAGGUGGACGUGCCGCACGAUACCGCCACCCUCGAGAGGGAGCUCGCUAAGCUCAACGCCACGGUCGACGCGAAAACUGUCGAGAAGAAGAAGAACAAGCUGGACGUGGGCACCCACACAUCCUCGUACACAUUGCUUGGUGAUGGAGAUUGUCGUUGCUCUGGCGAUGGUCCUGUGGACCGUUACCGUUCAUCGGCUUGGUCCGACUUGGGUUACGAUGUAGCGGACUGUCAGGAUGUCUGCUCCAGCUACUCGUGGUGUCAGGCUUUGCUGUUCGGAAAUGGAAUCGGAGGAUGGUCGGCGGAUAUUUAUGCGGCGCCCAACACUGACAGCAUCCGGCCCGCAAGCAUCACCAACUUUGACAGUGGUCAAGCUUUUCGAGGUUUGGAUUGUGAAGUCACGGAGGUCAAUGAUAUCCAGGGCCAAUGCUAUUUGAAGGUGGCCGCUCCUCCGGCUACGCCCAGCCCGACGCCCGGCCCCACGCCCGGCCCGACGCCCAGUCCCACGCCAGCGCCCACCUCGGCGCCGACAGCCGCGCAGACCACCACCCCUGGCGGGGCUGCUGGGGGUGCUACUGCCGUUGGGGAUCCUCACUUGCAGAAUAUCCAUGGCCAGCGGUUCGACUUGAUGAUGCCCGGCAAGCACGUGUUGGUAAACGUCCCUCGCGAGUCGGACGCCGAGAACGCACUGCUUCGGGUGUCGGCCGUGGCGAGCAGACUGGGCGGAGAGUGCCAAGAUAUCUACUUCACGGAACUGAAUAUCACGGGAUUUUGGGCCUACGCGCAACGGGCGGGGGGGUACCGCUUCCGAGCGCAGCGCGAGCGCAGCGGCAGCGGUAAGUGGUUCGCAGUGGGCAAGGUCUGGCUGAAGGUCGUCAAUGCACACACCGACGCUGGCACCCGGUAUCUGAACCUCUUUGUGAAGCACUUGGGGCGAACAGGGCUUGCUGUCGGAGGUCUGCUGGGUGAUGGUGACCACGCUGGCGUGAGCGAGCUCCCGGCGAGCUGCUUGAAAAGGAUGAGCCUGCAGCGCGUGAGCAGCUCAGUUUCGUCUGCUGCCCCUAUCGCUAUUGCGACCUUUGCGUGACCAAUUUUUCACCGUUCCAGUUUACCAUUUAUUUUGACCGUUUACCGUGACCUUUGCGUCACCAAUAUUUUGACCGAUUGUGCGAGUUGACCACGCGCGCGCACUGCUGCCAUGCGUCUGCCCGUGCUUGUGUUUAUACAUAUAACGGGGGCGAUUCCUGUGUCUGUGACACGCCGUAUCCAACCUUUGCGCAAUGCGGGGC